AUGUACCGGCGCAGUGAUCCUCGAUGGAAUCGCACGCUGCAGCACCUGACCUCGAACAUAGAACAUGCGAACGAAUCUGCGCAAGAGAACAUCUAUGGCUUCACACAGCGCUAUGUGAACCCAUGUCUAUCAUCUAUCACCCAAUGCGUCAACGUUUGCACCGCGCCAUGUUUUCCAGCGCAAAACGACCGCCGGCGUCAUCGUUCAGCACGCGGCCGCGCCGAGUCGAGUUUCGAUUUCUACGAUGAUUGGGAAGAAGACGAGAGCGACGGGCUGCUGGGCUGGGGUUCUGAGAAUCUGGAUAGAUUCUUGGGCAGCGCAAGCACAUAUGGGACAACGAGUCAGCCUGGUCGCCAGCGCGCAAUGAGCUAUGGACAGCGGAACCGAGACCCGAGAUUCAACACGGCACGGAGAAAGAGCAACGCGCAGCAGGCCAGAGAUGUAGCAGGCCAAGAUCCGACCAUUAUCCCAAGUUCCUCCUACUUUGGCUUUCUAGGACGGCUGCCUUUCAAGAUUGGCGGCAAGGGCCUGCGCUACAAGCCGAGCGCAGCAGAUCUCAUAGACCACCCCGGCACAUCGCGACGAAGCAUGGAAGAGGAACAGCCCUUGAUUGAAGACAGCGAGGAAGACGCCUUCGAUCGCAGCGAGCAGAAAACUCACCGCAGACAGCGAAGCGACACACACACCUCAGGCCACACAACCGAUUCCCUAAGCUCACGCGGCGAUAUCUUCCCCAGCGAAGACGAGCUCGACGACGCAGUCCCCCUCGACGACGAAUUCACCCUCGUCCUUGAGCGCAGAACCACCAGCCAAUGGAACGACGCAAGCAGCAACACCAACAGCAACAAGAAAAAGAGCAAGCGCCCGUCCGGCACCCGCGUAUCCACGCGCUCUGCUUCGUCCCGCAGUACGCGAAAGUCAGAGGAAGCCGCACUACACUCCACAUCCGAAACGAUCGAGGAACUCGACAUGCCCACCAUGGACGAGCUGCAAAAAGAAGAAGAGCGCCUGCGCAUCGAGGAGGAGCAAGAAGUCUACAGAAAGCGCCAGGAAGCUCAGCAUCUCGCUGUGCAGCGCGGCCUCGUCGCCGAUCAGGAGCGCCAGCUCAAGACUCCGCCAGUCUCGCGCACCCGCUCGCCGUCGCCGCAGCCUAUGGCUACCGUACAAUCGACUGCCUCGCCGCUGGUCAGGUCUCCUGCGAGUGAGUAUCCACCACAGCACUCGGAGCUGGUGCCGUUUCCGAGCUUCGUGGAUGUGCAGAGUAUGCCGGAGAGCAGCAAUUUCUAUGUCGAUGAGAGCGAUUAUAGUAGCAUGGCGCCUACGCCCCAGAGGCCUUUAUCAAUCAGGGAUGAGACGAGGGAGGGGCAGGAGGAUGAGGAGUUUGUGCCGGCACGAUUGCCCAACUUUAAGUGA